CGUGGCAGCGGGCGGGCAGGCGGCGUUUCUUGAGGCAGCCGGGCGCUUAUGAGUGCAUUCAUUGCCUGCUUAAAUGCUUUUCCUGAGGAAGACAUCAAUCUAAUGCCAAACAUCAGAGAUAAUGGUCUAAUUCCUGGAAAUGACAAAUUCAAGCCAGUGUUACCCUGGCCUCAUGUUGAAGGUGUGGAAGUAGACUUGGAAUCAAUUCGACGAAGGAAUAAGGCCAAAAAUGAGAGAAUUCCUCAUGUUGGUGGAAAGAAUGAUCAGCAAAAUAUUAUGCAGAGACAGUAUCUUACAUUUAAGCCACAGACACAUAUCUACCAUGACCCUGUAUUGCGAUCUGGAAUUCUUGGUAAUUUUGAACCCAAAGAACCUGAACCCCAUGGAGUUGUAAAUGGUCCUGGUGAGGAAGCAAAGCCAUAUGUUUUAGGACCAGAAUAUAAAGAAUCUGUUCAAGCCAGCAUUAAAGAAUUUGGGUUUAACAUGGUAGCAAGUGAUAUGAUCUCACUAGAUCGGAGCAUUAAUGACUUACGCCAAGAAGAGUGCAAAUACUGGCACUAUGAUGAAAACCUACUCACCUCCAGCGUUAUCAUUGUCUUCCAUAAUGAAGGAUGGUCUACGCUCAUGCGGACAGUUCACAGUGUAAUUAAAAGAACUCCAAGAAAAUAUCUGGCUGAAAUUGUUUUAAUUGAUGAUUUUAGCAAUAAAGAACACUUAAAAGAAAGACUAGAGGAUUAUAUUAAGCAGUGGAAUGGCCUUGUAAAGAUUUUUCGAAAUGAAAGGAGAGAAGGUUUAAUUCAAGCUAGAAGCAUUGGAGCCCAGAAGGCUAAACUUGGACAGGUUUUAAUUUACCUUGAUGCCCACUGCGAGGUGUCGGUAAACUGGUAUUCACCACUAAUAGCUCCUAUAUCUAAAGACAGAACCACAUGUACUGUGCCGCUUAUAGAUGUCAUAGAUGGCAACACUUAUAACAUUGUACCCCAAGGGGGUGGUGACGAAGAUGGGUUUGCUAGAGGAGCAUGGGAUUGGAGCAUGCUCUGGAAGAGGGUUCCCUUGACCAAACGUGAGAAGGAAAUGAGAAAGACAAAAACUGAGCCGUAUCGAUCACCUGCAAUGGCUGGUGGAUUAUUUGCCAUUGAACGUGACUUCUUUUUUGAGUUAGGUCUCUAUGAUCCAGGUCUACAAAUCUGGGGUGGUGAAAACUUUGAAAUAUCCUACAAGAUUUGGCAGUGUGGAGGGAAGCUACUGUUUGUGCCUUGUUCUCGUGUUGGACACAUAUAUCGUCUCCAGGGAUGGCAAGGGAAUCCACCUCCAGCUUAUGUUGGAUCAUCGCCUACUUUAAAGAACUAUGUCCGUGUUGUGGAGGUCUGGUGGGAUGAAUUCAAAGAUUAUUUCUAUGCUAGUCGUCCAGAAACAAAAGCAUUAGCUUACGGUGAUAUAUCUGACCUGAAGAAAUUUCGUGAAGAUCACAAAUGCAAAAGCUUUAAAUGGUUUAUGGAAGAAAUAGCUUAUGAUAUAACUUCUCAUUAUCCUCUGCCACCUAGAAACGUGGAGUGGGGAGAGAUUAGAGGUUUCGAAACCGCAUACUGCAUAGACAGUAUGGGCCAUACCAAUGGGGGCUUUGUGGAACUUGGUCCAUGCCAUAGAAUGGGAGGAAAUCAACUGUUCAGAAUUAAUGAAGCUAACCAACUCAUGCAGUAUGACCAGUGCUUGACUAAAGGACCUGAUGGAUCGAAAGUUAUGAUUACGCAUUGCAAUCUAAAUGAAUACAAGGAGUGGCAGUACUUCAAGAAUCUUCAUAGAUUUACUCACAUCCCAUCAGGAAAAUGCUUGGACCGUUCAGAGGUUCUACACCAAGUAUUUAUUUCAGAUUGUGACUCAAAUAAAGCGACACAAAAAUGGGAAAUGAACAAUAUCCUAAGUGUGUAGACAAAAUAGCUGCAUCUACCUACUGACAAAUGUAAUUUGUAUAGAACUGAAAAUAGCCUGAAAACUGCUGCAACUGUUAACUUGUAUAGGUGGGAGCCUGGAAUCUCCUGAUCUGGAUGAAGGACUUAGAUGGACUGUGAUAGAUUUAUCAUCUGCAGUUAAUGUUUACAAAAACUGCUCUUACCUUAAACGUCAAUAGAUGUUUACAUCUCUUUGUUUUGUUUUAGGAUUUUGUUUUAAGAUGUUCUGGAUUAUCAUUUAAAGUGCUUUGACUCUGUUUCACUGGAACAAAGUUAGAAGCAUGGGCUUGGAUCCAAAGUAGUGGGAGGUUGCUUCUACUUGGGCAAGAGGGCAUUUCCUUUUCCUCUUAUGGUGACAACCCUAUCCCAAAGCCCUCCUUAAGAACUUUCUGUAAAAUUUCUGAAUGGUGUAAAGGGCUGGAAAUCGGCAACUUCCCAGGUGUGUAUAAGUGCCUUUCACUUGGGCACAAGCAAAAGAAUUGGAUCCAAGUAUUUGUUGUCUUCUUUGGGAUUACACUCAGGGGUUUGCAGGCAGUUUGUUGUUGUUGUUGUUGUUCCAACACUCACACUUGAAAAAGCUUGGAGUAUAAUGUGGUGAUUAUCAACUUGUUAUAUGUUGUUUUGAUUUUACAUUUUACCAAGCACUGCCACAGGUUUAUAGCCAAGGUGGCCUUCUUUCACAUUCAUGCUGCUUUUUUGAAAAAGGAAUCUUCGGUAUAUUUAGUGCCUCCUUAAUUUUUCCUCCUUAGCUAACCAAAAAAAAAUGGUUACAGCAUGGGUAUGUUGAAGUCUUUCCCUUUUUACUAGGAAUAGGAAAAAUUUGUAAUGCCCUCAUUAUGUUUAAAUAAUGUUGCUAAUUUUACUAGUAUACUCUAUAUUCCUGAUUAGUACAUUAAAUAAUUCAUGCAUAAAGCAUGCCAAUAAUGCUGUGUGAUGGCCCAAAAUAGUAAUAUUAAAACAUCUUGAACAUUUUAAAUGAUGAAAUUGGUGAAAAGGGUAGCACUUAAAUCCAUGAACCAUUUGGGUGAAUAGCAUUGAAACAGCAAGUCUUCUCUAAUUUGAUGUAUCAAGUGGAAGUCAGCACGCUGAAUUGCAACGAAAAAGAUAAAAACGCUAAUUUUCCUGCUAUAUUAUGCCUUACAUAACAAGAUAUGUCAGAAAUGAAAAAAUAUCUACAUCUGCAUAAUAUAGAGUAGUAAAAUUGAUCAGUUCAUAAAGUUGAAUCCAGUUUCUCAACAAUUUCUGAAUUAUUUUACAGGCAGUAUUUGGUAAGAGAUCUAUGCAUUUAUAGUAGAAUUGGGCAGUGGAUUUUUGUUUUCUUUGGUACAUAAGUGACUUCAAAAUUUCAUUUGUCCAAAUAAUGAAUUUCAACUAAUUAAGAGAUGUUUUGAACAAUGGGGUUUGCCAUAGCAUGAAGACAAAAUCAAAUAUAGAAAAUUAAAUAUAUACAGCACAUUAGGACUGUGCUGUGAGUUGGUUUCAGUUUCAAAAACGCACUUGGGAGAAUUCAGGGAUGUGAACAUAAUAUCUGCUUCAGUUUUUUAAGGCAGGUGUCUCUUUUCCUGAGAACUCAUAAGUGCUGUAGAGGGAAGCUGUACAAUUCAAGAAACUGCUUUAGAGUUGCACACAGGUGCUAUAUUCACACUCCCGUGCUCCCUGAAUCAGCUUUUCCAGAUUAUUUUGGAAGCACUGUACAGCCCUAAUUUAAAAAGUAAAGAAUAUAUAUUUUUAAAAAAUGUGUGAUUAAUAAAACAAAACACAUUUGAGGGGAAAAUGAAAAAAACUGUUCAAGUUAAAUAUUCAGUCUUAAAGAGUGAUUUCAAUAAGCUUACUAUUAUAAUGUGGGUCUGGUGUGAAGUAGUGUACACCUGUAUUCUACUGAAAUUUAUUAUGCAUAGAGUCAAUGCCUUCAGUUUCAUUUUAAAUUUAAACUCUUAAAUGGUUUAAUUACAAAAAUAAUUUUAGUAGUGCAAGUCUUUGGCACUAAUUUUAUCUACCCCUAAAAGAGAGUGAUGGAGAUACAUCAUUUUAAAAGGAUAAAUGUUGACCUUAAGACCAGUUACAUGUAAGUUAGUUUUAGGGUGAUUUUAUUUUUCAGGCAUCUGUCUUUUGGGGACUCCAUUAAAAAGUGUGAAUAAUUAACUUAGAAAUAAAGGUGGAAGAAGCUGGGGAAAAGGUGAUAAAAUUUCUGGGUACAUUUAGUAUUUCUUUGAAUGAAAUUAUUUCAUUCUUUUUGGAUAUAGAUUAAUUUAAUCAUAUUACUAUGCAUAAGUGAAAGAGAUUGCACGUUGUGCAGGUGUGUAUGUGCUAAAUGGGUAUUGUGUGCAAUUCCAUUUAAAAUAUUAUAUGUGAGAAUGGAUCUGUAUUUUUAAACUUUAAUCUUACAGCAACAUAAGCCGUUACUCCUAAUGACUUUUCCUACUGUAACCUGCUUUUUAAGAAGUAGAUCCCAUAUCCUUGCUCUGUAAGUUGAUCACUAUGCAUUUCUACUCAUUUUAUAAAUUUGAUUUAUGCAGAUUUUGAUACACUGUAUGUUUCUGUAAAGAUUGUAUAAAUCUUCAAAAGUUUUACAAGGAGUAACUCUGGGGAUUUUCUGUAUAUCUUCUGGGUUGCUUGUUUUUUAGGUGACGAAAUAAAUUUUAACGUGGGUUUGUAAUA